UUUUUUUUUUCUAAUUCGCUUCAACAAUCAGAUUCUUUUUUCUCAUUCCACUUGUUUCGUUGUUUGCUUGGUCCAAAUACGACAACGGAAAGAAAUUUUCAAUCACAAGAUCUGUGCAGCACGACGCAAAGAAGCAUUGGAACCAUAAAAAAAAUUGCAGAUCCUUCUUUUGCUGCUCAUAAACAACUCUUGCAAUUAUACCAUCAAAGAUAAUCCAUAAGCCAUGGUCGUCUGGUACGCAUCUGUGCUAUCCUUGAUCAUCGCCGUAGCCUGUGCUCAGCCUCAGUCAGUGCCGCCUCGCUCAACCAGAGCCAUUACCCUUGUCGGAGAUGAUGUCUUUCUCUAUGGAGGCGGAGAUUGUUAUUCUGACUUCUACAGCCUUCAUCUCGACUCUGCAAACGGGUGGGUGGCAGCAAAUGCACCAUGGAAUAACAUCAAGGGAGGCUCAUCAUCACCUGUAAUGGGUACAACCUCAUGGGCUGUUGGGUCAACGGAUGGUAAAUCUCUUCUGUUUUAUGGCCAGACCUUGUGUCCUGAUCUUCUGGCAAAGGAUGCAAACAGCCCACAUACCUUUACUCGCAGCUCUGCCUCUAUCCAAUUUCAGUUGGAGAACAAUGCUUGGACCCAAUCUGCAACCACGAAUGAUAUCCUCGGACCACGUCAAGUCAAGGAUGACCAACCCGUUCCUGUCCAGGUAGUCGACUCAAAGAACCAUAUGGUUUAUACAUUCGUCUAUGAUGUCUUUACUCCACAAGCAGUUGUCUUGGCGCCUUUUAUUGAUGCAGGCUCUGCUAUCUAUCACGAAGGAACGAUUCUGGUCAUUGGAGGUGGAAAACCUGCAGGAACAAAAUUGACUGGAGAUGAUGUCGAUACCGCGUCUGGUUGGUAUAAGAUGGAUCGGUGCUGGGUCUACACUAUUGCAACGAACCAGUGGAGUGUCCGUAACUUGACUGCUGCUGGAGGAAACUUUCCGUUACCUAGACGCCUCGCCGCGCUUGUUGCUGUCGGUAACAAGAUCUACAUGCAUGGAGGAAACACAACCCAGACAGUCUCGACAGAAUCCUAUGCCAAGGAUCUUUGGAUCCUCGACUUGGGUACUUGGCAGUGGACAAAAGGAGUUGACUCUUUGAAUGGCCGUGCCAUGCACACGUUGAUUAACUACCAAAACAAGUUAUUGUCUUUCUCUGGGUUUGAAUUUGAAACGUCCAAGACCAAGGCGGCUCAAAACGCCUAUAUCAUGAUCUUUGACUUUGAGACGUCCUCUUGGGCCGUGCAAUUCGGGACCAUCGUCCAAACAUAUUUCCAAAGACAUGCUGUCGCUAUUAUCAGUGGGUCUGUCGGAGCCUUCCUUGUCAUCGUUGUACUAGCCUCAGUUGCUGCUCGAUUAUGGAGAAGACACACACGAGGUAGUCGUAUCAGUAAGGCAGGACCUGGCGCUGCGCGCGGAUUCAGCAUCAAUAGAAAGCGUAGUAACAAGCCAUUUUUGGCUUCUACCGCUGCUCACAAACUCGAAGCCGCACAUCCUUCGGCAGAGACUGCUGCAAGCCGACUUUCAGGAAUGACAUUGGCUCCAGGAACUGGAGGAGGCGCUAGGACCCAUGAAACCCAACUAGAUCUCUCUGCAUUGCCUCGAGCAAGUGAAUCGACCGUUUAUGAUCAAAACCCUCAUUAUCAGCAAAAGACGUAUAACCCAUAUGCACCUGUUCAGCAGCAACAACAAGUACCAUUGAUGAGCGCUAAUGCACUUGAGCAGCAAGGACAAGAGAUAGAGUUGGAACCAUAUGUGGAUGAUGAUGAACCCGAAGAGAAGGACGCGAGACCUCUAUCGCACGCUGCAGUGGGAACAGCAGUAUUCUCACCAUCACCAUCACCACCUCAUUCCGGGACAAGAAAUAAUUAAUGUACUGGUAGAGUCAUAUUCUCUGUAAGAGAAGGGGUGGCGAACAGGAGUAAUACCAAAAAUCUCACAGGCGGCAGCAAUAUGCUGGACGAAAAACUCAAAUGAGUACCCCACCAAUGAUCGAUCCUAUUUUAUUUGUUUCAUUUAUGUCUUUUUUCAUUUCUCCAUUCUGUUUUCACUCAUAGCAUACUAAAGUAUAUAGUUAUUUAGCCUCAUAAAAAUAAAAAAAAUAAAAAAUACAAGUAA